ACCACAGGCACGUGCAGCGACUCGGUGGUUCACAGCUGCGACCUGUGCGGCAAGGGCUUCCGCCUACAGCGCAUGCUCAACCGUCACCUCAAGUGCCACAGCCAGGUCAAGAGGCACCUGUGCACCUUCUGUGGCAAGGGCUUCAACGACACCUUCGACCUGAAGAGGCACGUCCGCACGCACACAGGCAUUCGUCCCUACAAGUGCGACGUGUGCAACAAAGCCUUCACCCAGCGCUGCUCCCUGGAGUCCCACCUGAAGAAGAUCCAUGGGGUACAACAGCAGUAUGCCUACAAGCAGCGGCGGGACAAGCUGUACGUGUGCGAGGAGUGUGGCUACACAGGCCCCACGCAGGAGGCCUUGUACCUGCAUGUGCACAGUGCCCACCCUGGUAGCGCCUUCCUCAAAAAGACAUCCAAAAAGCUGGCAGCCCUCUUGCAGGGCAAGCUGACGUCCGCACCCCAGGAGAACCCCAGCCUGAGCGACGAGGAGGAGAGGAAGUGAGGGCAGAGGAGGGCAAGGAAGCACGUAGCCACAGACUUCUGGUUUUGAGGGUUCCCCGCCCUGUGGGCUCUUCAGCUGACCUCUCUGUCCUUUGGGACUUUGGCAGUGGGGUCUGCUCCAAAGUUGUCCUUGAUCGAGGUGACGUCAGGCUCAGGAACACACAUGUCCUAUCGAACACAGUCACUGGCACUCACCAAAGUUUGUUUUCCACAUGCCUGAUGGCCAAGAUCACCGAGCGGGUAUUUUUUUUUUUUUAAGGAUUUUCACAUGUGGAGGGAGAGGUAUGUCUUAGAGAGAUCAUCAUUUUAUGGUGCCUUGAAAUAAAAGUACUUCCACUUGAAAUGCUACGCAAGCAAGAAAAAUGAAUUGUAUUAUUGUGGAAGAGUUUACAGAAGUUAUUUUAAUAAAUGAAAUGUUCUUGUGAAA